GUCAACAUGGAUCACUUCCCAAUGAACCCAGAAAACCUUGAAAGUAAAGCAGAACCGGCACCCAAAGGCCAGCAGAGGGAGCGGUGGUCCAAAAAAAUAGAGUACUUCUUGGCUGUGGCUGGUAGUAUUGUUGGCUAUGGGAAUAUCUGGAGAUUUCCAUACCUUUGUUCCAAAAAUGGAGGAGGAGUCUUCCUCAUACCAUACUUUUUGUUCCUGUUCACCUGUGGCAUCCCUCUCUUCAUCCUGGAGACAUCACUGGGCCAGUACACCAAUCAAGGUGCAAUAACAUGUUGGAGGAAAAUCUGCCCUCUUUUUGGAGGUAUAGGAUAUGGCAGCCAGGUGAUUGUCGCCUGCACAAUCAUUUAUUACAUUAUCAUCCUGACCUGGGAAUUCCUCUUCCUCUUCUCGUCCUUCCAUUCGGAACUUCCGUGGGCUAACUGUUUCAACAGCUGGAACACAGAUACAUGUCUGGGACGCAAUCAAACUCUGCCAGAGUCCACAAACAACACAUCUUCAGUUGUAGAGUAUUGGGAGAGAAGAAUUUUGGGGCUAUCAAGCGGCGUUGAUGAAAUGGGAAACAUUCGCUGGGACUUGGCCCUUUGUCUUCUUCUUUCCUGGAUAUUGGUUUACGUCUGUAUCUGCAAGGGAAUCAAGAACACAGGCAAGGUGCUGUACUUCACUGCCACGUUUCCAUACGUCAUACUUUUGGCAUUGCUUGUUCGUGGUCUGACGUUACCAGGAGCCAAAGAUGGGCUGACCUUCUACCUCUACCCAGACUUGACACGCCUCAGCGAUUCAACGGUUUGGCUUGAUGCGGCCAGCCAGAUCCUAUACUCCUACGUAAUCGGCAGUGGGGUGCUGACAUCUUUAAGUAGCUACAACAAGUACAACAACAAUUGCUACAGGGACAGUUUGUUGCUGUGCCUUUUAAACAGUAUUACCAGCUUUAUGGCCGGCUUUGCCAUCUUCUCUGUGCUCGGCUUCAUGGCCAAAGAGCAAGGCCUGGACAUAUCCAUCGUGGUCGAAUCAGGUCCAGUACUGGCGUUCAUUGCGUACCCUCGCGCUGUGAGUCUGAUGCCCCUCCCUCACAUUUGGGCCAUUAGCUUCUAUUUAAUGAUGAUUUUUGUAGGACUAGACACCCAGUUUACAUACGUCGAGACGCUGACCACCAGCAUCCGCGAUGUGUUUCCUUCAUUCUUUGUCAAUAAGUAUCGACGUCAGUUCCUUCUUCUCGCCAUCUGCUUUGGAAGCUUCUUUGCAGGACUUACAAUGGUCACAGAGGGAGGCUUCUAUGUUUUCCUCUUGAUGGACUAUUACACCUACAUCGGGAGUAUUUUCUUUUUACCCGUUCUUGAGUCCCUCUGCAUCGGAUGGAUCUACGGUGCUGACCGUCUGUAUGACAACAUCGAGGACAUGAUUGGCUAUCGACCGUGGCCUGUUAUGAAAUACUGUUGGCGGUACAUCACACCAGCUCUCUUCCUCUGCACACUACUAUACAACACCAUCACACACCAACCGCUCAAAGUCAACAACACCUAUGAAUACCCAUGGUGGGGAUACGCAGUCGGCGGAGUCUUGGCCCUGUCGCCAUCACUCCUGGUCCCACUGUGGAUGGUCUACGCUGUCAGUGUCACGCCUGGAACUCUAAGACAGAGACUCAAAGUUCUGUGCACGCCAGCAAGUGACUUACCUUGUGCAGCCUUGAAAAGGAAAAGGGCCGACCAAGAAGCACUUCAGACCUUCACAGAGACCCUCUGA